AUGGAGUAAGACAACUCUAUGAAACCUUUUAAAUUCUCAACCAGAUCUAUUCCCCUGGUAUAUGGAUGAUAUGGAGAUUUUUAUUCUCAGAGAACUGACACUAAACAACUGAACUGGUACACAUUAAGAUCUUGUCAUGCAUCAUUUAAAAAGCAGCAAAAAUGCAGAGGUGAUCUGAGAAGGUUUAGAGUAGAGGAAGCGUGGGGGUCUCUGGUUGGCUCCUCCUAAAGAUCCACAUUCCCGCAGUUCAAAAGCAUUGGGGAUCACUUGCUUAAAAAGUGCACUGGCAGAAAGCACAAGCUGGAUCUUUUGUUCCCCAGAAAGGGCCUCAAGAGAACUGUGAUGAGAGGGAGGGGAGGGGGACCUGGGAGCUGCUGGUUCAGUGCACACACACUCACACACUCACACGGAUGGCUCUCUAGGAGCAAGGGGGAUGCUGGCAAUUUUUAAUGCAUGCUCAAGAUGAUGCAAACGUGUCCCCAAUUGUCCCAGUGAGGAGUGACUGAGCCCCCCUGGCUGUCUGGCUUUCUUUGUGCGUCUGCUCUCUUCGCUCUGCUCUUGCCUUACAGCAUUCGGCUGAUUUUUUGGAAGCACUACAAAGUGAACCUAUGGCUUGGGGAGGCUGUGCGUGGUCCUUGGGAUUUACAGUAGGACUGAUUACAUCUAUCCUGGGUUGCUGUUACUCAGUGGACUUGGUGUUUACAGUGGAGCCCAGUGAUGAAGUUGCUGUACCAGGACAGCCUUUGACUCUCUUCUGCUCAGCAGAUGGAGUGCAACCAAUCACCAUCAUAUGGAGGAAGAAUGGCUCUCCAAUUUGGAAUGAGGCCCAUGCACUCCCUUUGCCUAAUGGAACACUCUACAUUCCACUCUUUCACUCUGUGCAGGAAGAUGAACCCUCUGACCAGGGAGAGUAUGACUGUGUGGCACACAAUCGCUUUGGGUCAGUGGUGAGCCGCAAGGCUAGAGUACAGACAGCAGUCAUGUCUGAUUUCUACAUCUUCCCACAAGAUACAACUCUAGAAGAAGGCGGUGUAGCUAGAUUUCAGUGUCAAAUCCGUGGGCUACCAGAACCAGAAAUUGUGUGGGAACGUAAUGGGGAGAUGAUUGAUACCGAGAACCUCAGGUACACCCUACUGCCAACUGGUGUUCUACAGAUAACUGCAUUACGUUCUGAAGAUACUGGUACAUACCGAUGUGUGGCGACCAAUGCAGCAGGAGUCAAGUACAGCCCUUCCGCUACACUGAUAGUCACAGAUUCCCAUUCCACUGGUUACAAAGACCCAAUGAUCCUGGUUGGCCCUGAGAACCUCACUAAGACAGUUCACCAAACAGCAAUCCUUGAGUGUAUGGCCACGGGUAACCCCCGACCUAUUGUUUCCUGGAGCCGACUUGAUGGACGCCCAAUUGGUGUGGAAGGUAUACAGGUGGUAGGCAAUGGGAACCUCAUGAUUUCAGACUUGACCGUGCAUCACUCAGGUGUCUAUGUGUGUGCGGCCAACAAACCUGGAACUAGAGUGCGUCGGACAGCACAAGGGAGACUGGUGGUGCAAGCUCCAGCUGAAUUUGUACAACACCCACAGUCAAUAACUCGGCCUGUUGGUACCACUGCCAUUUUUACUUGUUUGGCACAGGGUGAGCCACCCCCUCAGAUCACUUGGUUGAAGAAUGGCCAGGAAUUGGAACCCAGUGGACACAUCAAGUUAAAGAACAACAACAGCUCUCUGACCAUCUCUGGGAUAAGUCAAGAGGAUGAGGCUAUCUACCAGUGUGUAGCAAAGAACAGUGCUGGUUCCAGCCAAGCUAGUGCCCGCCUGUCUGUGCUCUGGGCAGAGGGAUUGCCAGGCCCACCCCAAGACAUCAGAGCCACUACUGCCUCCUCCACUUCCAUUCAUGUGUCCUGGAGCAAACCACUGGAGAACACAAGGGAAAUCAUUGGCUAUGUGGUGCACAUCCGGAAAACUGCUGACCCUAUUCAAAUGGAAUAUCAAGAGGCAGUGAGCAAGGACACAUUCCAGCAACUGGUGACAGACCUUGAACCUUCUACUACUUAUAGCUUUUACAUAAAAGCAUACACCUCCAGAGGUGCCAGCAAAGCAUCAGCUAAUGUACAGCAGAGCACUCUGGGAGAAGUUCCUGCUGUUCCAUCUUUGUACAUUAAGGUCUUGAACAGUACAGCCAUCCAGGCUGCAUGGGAACCAUCAAUAAAACUGGGCCAGAAUGAGGGCUUCAAAUUGUAUUACCGUAAGGUACCAACACCAGAUUACACUGGCCCCAUGCUCCUGCCCAGCAAUGUAACAGCUUAUAACAUCUCUAGGCUUGACCCCUUGGUGGUUUAUGAAGUGAAGCUCCUGGCCUUCAACCAACAUGGAGAUGGAAAUUCUACUGUACGUUUUGUGUCUUUAAAGGAAGCAUCGGCACGGGCAGUAUUGAACCCAUCCUGUAACUGUGUGAGUGACGAGCAAAGGCCCAAAUCCUCUACUACUGGUAUCAUCAUCGGUAUCCACAUUGGAGUCACCUGCAUUAUCUUCUGUGUGAUCUUCCUAAUAUUUGGGUAUCGUGGGAGGCUUAUGAAGUGUAAAUCAGUGCAAGAACAACGCUCUGUCCCACAGCCAACCAGCGCUGGAAGUGGAAGGACUAUGGAAGGAGCCAGUCAAAAUGGGACUCUUCUGAGGGGUAAUGAGGCACCAGGUUCUAAAGACAAAGUAAGCGAUCUUAAUGAGAUGGAACAUCUCUUUCCUCAUACAUCUCCACACCAAGAUGGCAGCACUUUGUGUCCCCCAGUUAGCCCACCCACUGUGGAUAAGACACUGGUUUCCACAAUCACGCCGGAUGAAGUCCACUUUUCUGAGGAAGACCCUCCAGGACCCCAUACUCCAAACCUUCCGCCAAUAAAAAGAGACUGAUCCCGUUUGACUUCCCUCUGAACUCACUCAAAAUCCUUGCUGCUUUAGCCAGCCUGGUCUGGCAGAGCUUUUUACUCAAUCUCAGGUCUCCAUUUUCUAAACCCAGCAGCCCCUGGCAUCUUUUUGAUAGAGUUUUGUACUUUUUUUUCUAUGUGAGAACUUAGCACUUAUGGACUGUUGUUCUUAAAGAGACAUUAAGCAGCCGUUUUUUUCCACAACCACCACAUAUAAUUCAACUGCUUUAAGCCCUUUGGCUGCAGGGCUGAAGGACUUUUUUGGGGAUGUUUUAUGUUGCGACUGAUUUAUAAUUACACAUAUUAGAGAUGAUUGUUGAGGCCACUGAGAUACUUCAGUAAGGUCUGCUGCUCUCUAAGCCUGGUCAGAGAUUCAUUUUGUAAUUCCUUGACUGUUAAGGAAGAGAAGAAUGAAGGAUAAAAAGAGUAACAUGAAGUCCGUACAGAGGUCAUUCUCCAAACCUACCUCAGCCGGGAUGAAUGUUUUCCAGUACGAUCUGCUUCUUUUUCCUGUCUCCCUAGUAGACGGCCAGUACAGACACCUGCCCUACAGUGGGCUUCUGGUAUUUAGCAUUUUUUUUUUUUGGCAUUCAAGGGAGAUUACAGCUAAAUAUUAGCGCAAAUUUGCCAGAAGGAUCCAUCUAAUGAAACAUAAGGAAUGCAAAAAUAAGGUAUUUUCAGCAUUGUACAGUGAGAGUGGAAAGUAGAGGUGAAACAAUCACCAACCCUUGAUAAUCUAACAAUGUGAAAUGUGUUUUUUUUGCACUGGAAAAUACAGAAUUGGUGCCAUUUUAUUGCCCGGUGUGUUGAGACACAUGCUUUCUGCUCCAUUUUCCUAAUCUAGUAGUAUAUAAGACCACAAAUGCCAGGAGAGUUUAAAGAUACACAAUGUACAUAUUUCCUUUAUUGUAUAAGGCUUUAUUGUAUAAGGUUUAUGGGUUUAUUUUAUAGUAGCAGCCUGUGCACAUCAUCCCACAUGAUGAACUGUACUAAACCAGAAAACGAAGUUUUGGACAUUGCAGCAGCUGGGACCGCUGACUUCAGCUCUUUCCCAAGCCUCUUUCCUUGAACUUACAGUUAUUCCAAGGGGUCUGGAGCUGCUGCAAACAAAGCCAUAGCAAGGCCACCUCACUCAAAUUUCCCAGUAGAAAAGUGAUGGCAGACUUAUGGCCAGACUAAGCCCAGUAUUACCUAAGCCAAAGUCAACCUGUUUUGCUAUUCCAUUUGCCUAGACUUGCCAUGCCAAUGCAAUACUGGUCUAGUAACCCAUAGCAACUAAUCAUAUACCACAUAUGCCAGUCAGCUGUUUGAUUAAAAACAAAUGACAACUGGUUGACUACACAUGGGCAAAAUUUGUGCAUGUUAAAUUUAUUACCUUGUUCGUUUGAGGCCUAAUUGUAACCCUUGUCCAUUUACAUAAAUGUAUUCAACAAAGCCAUGAAUUAUACAACUACACAAAAUAUAUGGUAUCUACAUUUUCAGCCUCCCGAUUUUCACAGUUGUCCUGGUUUUGAUAAAUGAGCAGGGUCGGACUGGGCUGCCGGGACACCGGGAAAAAUCCCAGUGGGCCCUGGCGGCCCAGACCCGACUUUUG